UAUUAAGCAGCGCUUGAUAAUGGAAGAGCAAAAUGGCAGAGGAAAACCCCAUGUCGCCAUUUUUCCGUGCGUAGGAGUCGGCCAUUUCGUCCCUACAUCUCAAUUCGCAAAGCAGCUUUGCGUUUUCAAUGGCUUUUCUGCAACUGUAAUAACGAGCAACUGGAUGCGCGCAGCCAAGCAAGUCACAUAUGCCGACUACUUGGCAUCUUCCUGUCUUGACAUCCGCUUUACAGAGCUUCCCGAUGUCGACUUCCACGACGAGGAAGACUAUAAUAUGAAGAUCGAAACUCGCAUAUCAAAGUACAUGGAGAAAGCAGCACCGCACGUUGGAGAUAUUCUCCACUCCUUGCUCAAUUCCUCUUCGCCCAUCUCUGCCUUUGUUACAGAUUUCUUCUGCACCGCCACUUUCGAUGUUGCGGCUAAGUUAGGAAUACCCACUUACGUAUUCCUCACGGCCAGCGCUCGUUUUCUUUCCGUUAUGUUACGCCUCCACAAAUUCGGUUUGGAGCAUCCCGUGUCGUUUAAAGACGACGAAGAGUAUCGGAUCGACGUUCCAGGGGUUCUGCCAUUUCCUGCUAGGGAUCUGCCCGAGCCUGCGAAAGACAGAUCCGAUGAGGCGUUUCAUUGGUGUGUCCACCAUUUCUCUCGGCUUCCUCAAGCUGCUGGGUUUCUCAUAAAUACAUUCGAUGAUAUGGAGAAGGAAACUUUAGAAGCCCUCAAAGAAGGUAAGGUUCUCAACACUCCUGCUUUGCCGCCAAUCUAUUCAAUUGGUCCCAUCAUAUCGGAGCGUCAUGAGACACACGAGUGCCUCGAGUGGUUAGAUCAACAGCCUGCCUCCACCGUUGUGUAUGUUUCCUUUGGAAGUGGCGGUUUUCUGUCGAGGGAGCAGAUUGCGGAAGUAGCACAUGGACUGGAAACAAGUGGCCAUCGGUUUCUUUGGGUGGUGCGUGGAGAGCAUAAGUUUAUCACCUUCAAUCCCAAGCAGGAUACGAAUGUUUCAGGGCUUUUACCCGAUGGUUUCGUGAGUCGAACCAGAGACAGAGGGCUUGUAGUUCUCAAUUGGGCUCCUCAAGUUGCAAUUCUUUCUCACCCGUCCAUUGGAGGCUUCCUCUCUCACUCCGGUUGGAACUCCACACUAGAAGGCAUUUCUUACGGGGUUCCCAUGAUCAGCUGGCCCCUGUUUGCUGAACAGAAGUUGAACAGGUUUAUGCUGGUUAACCACGAUAAGGUUGCCAUAGAUGUAAAGAUUGAAAGAGAUGGGUUUGUACCGAGAGUGGAAGUGGAGAGAGUAGUGAGGGCACUGAUGGAAGGAGAAGAGGGAAUUAAAGCAAGGGAGAAUAUGCGUGUAUUGAAGGAAAAGGCAAAGCUGGCUUUGAUGGAAGGAGGGAGUUCGUACAAGUCCAUGGCCAUGGCCGCUGCUCGUUUCGUGGAGAAGUAAGAGUUUGCAUGACACUGGACUUUAAGAUCUCUUGUUGACAAUAAAUUGGUCACAGUGCUCCCUGUCCUCUCUUUUUACCGUCAUCCUUGAUCAUUGUAUUGUUUUUGUGUGGGUUGUAUUUGGGUUUGUGUAGAGGUGUCGGCAUUACAAACAAAGAUGUGAUAGCCAUGUUGUCUGCCAAUUAAAUGAAGAUUCCAUUAUGCAUUUAAGCUGGUCAUCUAUCAUACCGACGACACCAAAUGAUACUUACAAACCCUAUGAUGAAUUUAUAUUUUUCAGCACAA